AACAAUGUCCUUUUAAUGAAAAUUUUAAUGCUACUAUUGGUUAUUCUUCAACACCAGAUCAUAUCGAUGCACAAUUGAAUAUUUCUGAAUUUAUUGAAUAUGAUGUAAAAAGAAUUGAUACGCCUGUUAAAAAAAAGAGAAGAAGGACUAAAAAUAUUGACCCGGAAGAAUAUAGAAAUAUUAAAGUAGGAGAAGAGAAAAAAAGACGUGAAACAAUUGCUCAAGGUUUUAUUAUGCUUAAAGAACAACUCCCGGUCACUUACUCUAAAAAGGGUAAUGCAAAAUUAUUGAAAAAAGCUGCUUCAUACAUAGUACAAAGAGAAAAAAGAUUAAAAAAACUUCAACUUGAAUUAAAUCAACUGAAAAAAACUUGCGACAAUUUGAAUACAGAAUUGGAAUUCUUUAAAAAGUAA